GGCAGCAGGGAGAGGAGGAGGAGGAGGAGGCAGAAAUAGCCCAGCUAAAAGCUGAGUGCUGGCAGAAGGACUUGGCACUGACAGAAAUGAACUGUGAUCAGGGAACAGGGAGGAAAAGGGAGAAAAAAACCCUAAAGCCCCAAAGGAAUGUUGAUCCCGGGCAAAGCCCCAGGGGGAGGAGGUGAGGGCUGCCCUCAGCCUUGCAGGUGUAUGGAUCUGGCCUGUCCCCCCAAAAAAGGAUGUUUUGGGGCUCAGUGGUGGCCAGGGCAGGGAGAUCGGCAGGUCCAAGGGGUUUGCGUUGGGGUUUCCUUUGCUGCCUUACUCCCCAGGGUCGCCAUCCCUCCGACACCGCAUCAGUGCAGGGGCCGUGAUCAUGGCCCAGUGCCCACAGGUGCCAUGGCAGAGAGUGGGGGGCAGCAGGGCCACACAAAGUGCCCCCCACCCCUGGCUUCGCAGCAGCCCUGGCAGCGAUGCCGGCUUUGGGGGUCUCCCUCCUAUUUCAAGAUCCAUGUCUGGCUUCAGACACAAAGCUGAGAUAUUUUUGCCGUGCAGCAUCAGGACCAAACACCUCCAAACUCAGCAACGCCACAAAAAAACCCCACCCUUAUCCAGUUUUUUUGCACCAAACCUUCCUGCGCUUGGCCACAAAGUGCCUUCCUACAGCCCAAGGUCCAGGGGUACUGCAGCACCCCAUUUCUUCACGAGCAGGUAAAAAGGAACCUUUGCCAGCUCCCUGGAGGCUGGAAACGGUCCGUCAUCCCCCCAAACCCUGAGCUGAAAGCUGCAGGAGCGAAUCGGGAAUCGCUGCGGGAAAUCUCCCGUCCUCUGUCAAUUUAAUACAUCCCUGCCUUGGGGGUCCAGCGCGCAGGAUCCCCUCCUGCGCAUCCACGCCGGCCGUCCUCCCCCUCCCCGGCGCGGGUGGGAGCCGCUGACUCAUCUGCCCGUCGUCUCCCCCCCCACGACGAACGGGAAUUUAUCGAGCGCCUUCGAGGGGCUGCAUUGCAGACCCAGACGCGCCAGCAGACAAAAGCAACGCUGCGACGCCCGCGGCUUCCCGGCACAAAGAGCCCGGCCAGCAUCGAGCCCACCCAUCCUCGGACAGCCCGAAAAUGCUGGACACCAUCAGCAGCCAGUACGACUCCUUCAUCUACUGGAGGAUGCCGAUCCCGCGGCUGGACGUGGCGGAGCUGGAGGGGCUGGGGCUAAGCGACGUGGCCCUCUACAAACCCAAAGGGGGGCUGGGCAAGCUCGCCGGCCAGCGGGAUCAGGUCAGCCAGGACACCUCCGACGAAGAGGACAGCCUACUGCAGUUCAACAGCUUUAAUUUCUGGAGAGCUCCUAUCGCCAGCAUUAGCUCAUUAGAUUUCGACCUAAUUUGAAGCCUUCCUUUCUGCCUUCCUCACCCCCCCUGCCCUUUCCCCCUCUGCCAGGCAUGUGAGGAUUUGGUUUUGUUGUUGGUUUGGAGGUUGUGGGGUUUUUUUUGUUUCCGGGCAGUUUUUGACAUCAUUCAUUAAUCCAGCAUUUCACCCCAGCCCUGGUGGUGAUGGGCUCCCCGCAAAGAUUCAACCUCUCUCCACCUUCUCGCUCUUUUCUUCCCUUAUUGCCAUAGCUCUGGAAACAGCACGAUGGUGCAAGCAGGGGGCAAUGGUGCAGGGGGCAAAUAUGAGGGGAGGGGGCAGAAACAGCCACCCCAUUCCCCGCACCCACAUGCCAGCGGGUGCAGGAGGUGCUGGGGGGAUUCUGCCGCCACCCCGCACUCUGCGGCUGUGUGACCAUGGGCGUCCCCCUGCUCUGGGACGAGUGUUUGAGCUCAUUUCUCGUGUGCUUUUUUAAGAAACUCAUUUGUGCAAAGGGAGCGGCGCAGGACUGAUGGGAAUCGUCUUCAUUUUGCAGAAAGCAUCGUCCCCCGCUCCUCUCCCAGGGCCGCAGAGACCCUCUGUGCUCCCCUGGCCCAGUUUCUCCAAAAGCUACUUCGCUCCUUAACCUUCCCUUUGGGAUAAUCAAGGUGGAAGAGCAGGAAUGUGCCCGGGACAUGAGCACAAACCUCUUUCUUGAAAUAAAUCAUCCCUUUGUGCCUUGUGGCUUGAGCCCAAGCAGGAGAAACGAUGGCCAGGAGGGUAAAUACAUAUGGAAAUGCUCCAACUUUGCUUAGUCGGGCCAAAGCUGGAUGUUCACUGCCCAAAAUUUGAUUUUUUUUCUCCCUCUUUUAUCCCCCCAAGUACUUUAUCCCAGGUGUGACUCCUGUCUGGGACAGAGGCCGGGUACAUCGUGGGGUCCAGAUGGGUAACGGGAGCUGAGCUGAAUGAUAAGAUGGAGAAUUUAGUUUGAUCUUACCCCAAAGUGAAAACUUUUCUGGUUCCCCACCCAAUUAAUCAACCCCUUUAAAAAAAACAACAACAAAAAAUGCUGCAUUCACUCAAGUGCAAGCCUUGCAAUUUCCUCGGGGAGGUUUUCACCUGUGCUCUCCAUGGGCUGAGGUUUAUUUCUGAGCAUUAUUUCAAGACAGGGGGAGAAAAAUCCCAACCCCGACUCAUUUUUGGCUUGUAAACACCUUUUUUUUUCCCAAGAUUGUUUUCUGGGAGAGUGAAUGCAACUGGUUUGUCUUCUGGAAUGUGCUUUUUUUGGGUUUAAUUGGGGUGAAGUUUUGAUGUGGAGCAUCCCAGAACUGUCCUAAGGGUUGGGGGGGGUACGUGGCCAGGGGGAGGCUGAGGCAGCACUUAAAAAGUGCCCAAAAUAGGCAAAUAGUGGAAAAAUCUGCACUCUAUUAUGAAAAGGGAGUGCAGGUCUCCUGUAACCUCCAGAAAUAACCCAGCCUGCUGACUUGGAACCACCCAUGUUAAAACAGAGGUGAAAAAUGUAAACUCUUCUGGGCAGAGCUGUUUGAUUUCUGUGUUCCCAGCUGGGAAAACCCACCGGAGAAGUAUUUAUUAUGAAACUUUAAAUAAAAUGGUUUAAAAACAUACACAUUCCUGUAGACGCUUAAAAAAAAGAGGAAAAAAAAAAUCCAUGUAGACCGGCAUCAAGUUCUUUCCAUAAUUUGCCAUUAAAUUGGUUUAAAUCUCUUCA